AAUACUUCGGCUGUUGACAAACUGGAUCCAAAUGCGGUCAUGGUCUGGUACAUUGUUGCUAGUAUUGUCCCCUUAAUCUCCGCCGUCCUCAGUCUGAUUUUGGUUGUUGGCCUGUUUGUUUGGGACACAUUUCGUGAAGGCACCCAUAUCUUAAUCGUUCAGCUCCUGCUCCAUGAAAUCCUUCUCCUCAUCCCCGUGUAUCUUUUCAACACUUACAUCUACUUCACACAGACCAACCGCACACUACUCAUCGACUGCACGUUUAUCGUGGCCUCUCGCUACACGCUGUACACCGUGGGACACUGGAUUCAUGUUUGUCUGGCCCUGAACCGGGUCGUGGCCAUCAUGUUCCCCCACUACUACCCGCUCUGCUCCAAUAAGCGGAGCCUAAUCGGCAUGAUCGUGCUUAGCUGGUGCAUGGGUCUCAUUACGCUGUUGCCGUUUCUCGUCAGCGAUCGCGAUGGCUACUACGGUUUAUUGUCACCAGCUGGUAUUUGUGGAUUAGCGUCGCGUAACACUUGGAUCUUCUCCAUUCUGACGUCGUUGCGCAUCUCGGUGCCGCUGUUAUUACAAGCUCUGUUGUACAGUGCCGUAAUGGUGACCUUAGCGGUGCGGCGCUGUCGGACGCCGCUUGUCCCGCUGAUUGAGAUGCGUCGGCAGCGACGCCAGAGCGGAAUGUCUGUGGUGCUGUUUGUGUCCAGUCUAUGGUACACACUGUGUUUUCUUCCCAUGCCGACGAUUGCGGCGUAUGCGCCGGAAUUCUGGAUGGGCAGAGAUCUGCUGUUUGUGUGGAUAUGCUCGCUGCUCCUCUUCGGAUCAGCUGGGACGCCGGAAGUCAUGCCGUAUUUGUAA